AUGACAGACAUGAAUCAAGAUGCUUUACAACAAAAUGAAAUAGUUGAAAAUGGACUUUCUACACAACAAUUAACAACUGAUAUACCUAAUGAAGAUAACAACAAGAUUUAUCAUGAUACUACCACAAAUUUAAUAAAACCAAUUUCAGAAUUAAAUAAUGAGGAAAGUGAUUCUGAAGUAAAUAUAACAGAGGAAACACAGGAUUUGUAUAAUUUAAUAGGAGAUAUUGAACAAUCAAGUCUUCAAACAUCUUCUAAUGACUCAUUGUCUUCUGAUGAACAAACAUCCUCUAUUGAACAAACGACAUUGAAUGAACAAGAAAACAAUGAACUGAUAAGAACAGUAACUGACUUACCAGCAAGUUCACCUAGAGGUCAAAGUAUGAGCAGUGCAACAACAACAACAACAGCAGCAGCAGCAGCAGCAGCAGCUUCAAAUCAUGCUAACCUCUUACCUCGCUCACACAAAGUUUGGGAAUUGGAUAGACAAGUCACUGACUGUAGACGAUGUCAUCGACGCUUUAAUUUUCUAGUCCGAAGACAUCAUUGCAGGCGUUGUGGACAAAUUGUAUGUGAUAAGUGUAGCUCAAAUAGACUAAGAUUACCAGUUGAAGAGCUUAUAGAAGAUCCUAUGGUAUCACCAUCCCAAUAUCCUUUAUUAGCAUCUCAAUUUCAACGAGUCUGUGAUAGUUGUUAUCGGGAACCUAUUCGACAAGGAUUAUCAGAAUCAUAUGAAGCAAGAAAAAACAUCUAUAGAACUUCCAUCAGACGUACAGCCAGUUCACAGAGUUUAAUGAUCGAUUGUCCUGUUUGUGGUGAAUCAUUUUUGGGUAUGAAAAAAGAUGAUCAAGAGAAGCAUUUACAACGAUGCUUAAAUGUAGGUAGUCCACCUGUACAUUCACCAAGAUAUAUAGUAUAUAAAUUAUCAAAUGAAUCAUCUCAAAUUGGAGAAGAAUGUCCAAUAUGUUUUGAUGAAUUUAAACCAGUCAUGUAUGUAAUGAAUGAUUUUAAAUCUAUUUCAUUAUAG